AUGUCUCGUCUGUCUAUUGUCAGCUCUGCCUCACGUGCAGAUCGCAGAAGACUACCACCCAUGAAUCGCAGUCAGCCAAAUAUUCGUCGACUGCGGACUUGGGUUUACAACAAGGAAGAUAAUUCAUGUUCCACAACUGAGUUAGGACGUCUCAUCCUUCGGGUAGGGGAAACUAUCGCGAUAUUCCCAGAUGAUCCAAGAGCAGUGCCCAAAGACGAUGGAAGCCUUCCCAUCAUGUCUUAUUGGUAUGGCAAGGUCGCAAAAAUCUAUUUAAAAGCACAAGGAGAAACUCAUGUUGUCUGGCUGGAGAUUCAGUGGUAUUACAGACGACUGGACUUAGAGGAUCGCAGCCUGGCUGAAUCCAUGGGUGAAUAUGAGCUAGUGCUCAGCGACCACACAUCAUUUGUUGAUAUGUCGUGUAUGGAGGACCAUGCCGUGAUCAUCAGUUAUGAUGAAGGCGACCUGAAACAAUGUCAGCUCCCACCCAAGACUCUAUACCAUCGAUGGAAUAUCGAGAUCACAUUUGUGAGGAACCGAAACGAUGGGCGGAUUCAUGGCGUCCACCUCAGUAACCCACAGCGAGAAUCGCAAUGUCGCUGCAACGCAUGUGAUAAUGCGCUAUACUCUCCCAGCAUCUCCCAGCGAUAUUGCAGAAAAUGCAAGCGAUGGUUCAAUCACGAGUGCCUAGAUGCUCUUGAAUGUCGUGUAGAUCGAAUUCCCGAUGCAGGUCUACCAGCUGUGUACGGUGAUAUUCACUUGGAGAAAGAGUUCCUCGAUAUACUGACCAUGCCAAUUUGCCGUGGUGGACCAUUUGGGGUGGUUGGAAAUGGAUCGAUCUAUUCUCGAGCGAAGUCGCUCUUGCGAGAGGCAAAGAUUAAUGGUAAACUUUCAGAUGGAUGGAGGGAUUUCCAGCACUGGAGCACACGAAACACCGGGUCGCUGUUAAAAUCAAAGGCGACAAUCAAAGACGCUGAUGGGGAGUGUUCAUUUGAAAUAUCUGGACAUGCCUCACAGAGCUGUGCAGUUGCUGCGCACUAUCGGGUACCCCUUCGAGCCAUCAACAAGAAAUUUGGAGUCUACAGGAAAAUUGUGACCCACCUGACCAAGUCAUCACAUCCACUCGCAACACAACUCCAAGACACAUAUCUCUCAGUCAUGGAUUACAUGCACAAUGUGCGCAUCGCAUUUUGUGUGGAUGCCCGAGGAUCUUCCAAUCCCCUCGAAGCUGGGUUUAGGUCGCCAGCGUUUGAUUACUAUCUAUGGUUAGACCACAAGGCUGGCGGAUUUCAUGAUAGGUGUCGUGUGAUCCUGGAGCAGGAUCACAAUAUAACGUUCAAGUCCAUACAGAAUCAAGAGGGAAAAGAUAUUAUACCAUUGCAUUACUGUUGUGAAUACGAUGUAUGUGGGGCAUUUCAGGGCUGCGUGUCGGAGGAGGAUCUUCAGCAUCUGCUGGAUGCGGUAGAUGCCUCUAUGAUGGCAGGUCAUGAGGAUAAGAGACCAUCAAGCCCGACAACCAGUCAUAUGAUAGACACAGCGACACGCACGAUGUCAGUCAUGGAUAUCACGGACGAUGUUCCACCACUGUCAGAGUCGGUCGAUACCACUGUGGCUGCAUGUUUCAAUGAGGCAAUCACAGUCUCAGAUGUCGCGUCGAAGGAUAGGAACACAGAGUUGAUCAAUACUGGAGAGUCGAUAGAGGAUGGUUAUCCUGUAUCAGUCUUGCAGCCGUUCCCACAUCCAUUUGACUGGUCAUACUGCAAGCGUGCCCUGAGGACGAUGGGUGUAAAGAACAUCCGCUUUGAUAUUUCACGCUGGUUCAUUGCACACCUUGUCGUGCGCAUGCGAGAAAUCCACGGACUAGGUGCAGACACUCCUCUAGACAACACCGUUGUAAACGGAUCUGAUUGUCAAGUCACUUAUGCUGAAUACUGCGAGCUACAUGGAAUGACAAUGUUCCUGAGCAAGGUACAGACUAUAAAAGUGGAGCGACAGAGUAUAGCGCAAUUUUUCACUUCUGCUGGUCGUGGCCUGAGCAUGUUAGGUCGUCGUGUUGACUGUGCUGUCCAAUGCGAUGCAGAGUCGCAGGGGGCAUCUUGUGACAUGUUCUACCCUUAUGCUGAUGAUGGUACAAAAGUAGAUUGCGGUAUGCAAAUUGAAGGAGGUGGCCCGGUUGUAGUGGCCCAAGAUGAGGGCGCCAUAUGUGCCAUAUUUCCUAACCAACCGGCCACUGAUCAACGUGAUGAUUACAUUGCAGAUGCGUCACCAUCAGAUGUCCGUGAUGAGAGUUCAGCGGAGCAAUUAUACAUCUCAUUACCCAUCACUGAGCCGUCUUUCACUAUGGAUGUCGACAAUCCUUGCAUAUCUGCCAGCGAUUGGACCCUAGAGCUUAUGAAAAAUCGCGGUCAUGAAUCCGAAAUUCCGACUAUAUCCAACAAAACACGCAGAAAAUCACUCAGCGAUACCCCUCGUGAUACCCAUGCCGUCCCACAGACUCGAUUGAGAUCGAGGAAUCUCAAGGAAGCCAAGUCUUCGACAACACUCACUCAGAAGCGCCGCCGUGGAAACUCACCCUCACAGCAUGAUCCCAUGGAUGUAUUUGCCGUCCAACAACUUCCGUCCAGGAAGAAGGGGAGGCCUGCGUCAUCAGUCAUCAAAUACACCAUAGAAGACCUCAUAAAGGCGUCUCAGAUGGAUCCCACAAGUAUCCCACAUACUGUAAGAACUUCUUACAUCAAGAUAGAUCCUGACGCGAACGAACAACGUAGAUCAACACAUUUAUCCUCGAUCCAGCUAGAGAUGAUUUUAUCGAAAGCAACAUCAAAACACAAUACGAUGCACUAUUCAUCAGCCCUGCUGGCAAGGUCCCUGUCAGAUGAUGCGAUCCCUGCGGCAACAUCGCUGAUGAAAUUUGAGUACUGGCUUAAAGAUGUCGCCCUCGAGUGCAAGGAUGCAUUGGAAAAACUGGAUAUGCCACUAGCGCCCUUGGCCCACCAUGUUUUGGUCGAACUUUCCACCCGUGCCUCGAUCGAUGCUGCAUCUCUGAGUAGUGCUUUAGAGAUAUACAUAUCGCGUAACAACUGCAUCAAAGCUGUGGGCAGUGUAAUCCGAUAUUUGUGUAAACUCAGGCUAUCACAAUCGGGCGCGGAUAACGGGUAUGAACCUGGAUUUAAGAUAUUAGCCAUGAUGAUGAAGGCACGUCAGGAGGAUACGCCGUUAUGA